AACUCCGAGCCCGCUGCUCUCCAACCAGUUCCUCCAGUGUCUGGGUGCCCCGGAGAACGUCAAGGUAGAGCAGGCGGACGAGGUGAGACCGGAGUCGGUCAGUCUGGCUGGUGAAGGGUGCGAGGCAGGGCACAGCGGCGGGAGUUAGUGGCAGGGGUCGGUCAGGCGGCCUGUAAAUACUUUGGAGCCAGAAGCCCACUCCUAUCACCUGCAGGCGCCAUGAAGGCACUGAUCUUGGUGGGUGGGUAUGGGACACGGUUAAGGCCGCUGACGCUGAGCAUUCCGAAGCCAUUGGUUGACUUCUGCAAUAAGCCCAUCUUGCUGCAUCAAGUGGAGGCGCUUGCCGCGGCAGGUGUGGACCAUGUGAUCCUGGCAGUGAGCUACAUGUCACAGAUGUUGGAGAAGGAAAUGAAGGCACAGGAGCAAAGGCUUGGAAUCCGAAUCUCCAUGUCUCAUGAAGAGGAGCCUUUGGGGACAGCUGGGCCUCUGGCAUUGGCCCGCGCUCUACUCUCUGAGACUGCAGACCCUUUCUUCGUUCUCAACAGUGACGUGAUCUGUGAUUUCCCCUUCCAAGCCAUGGUGCAGUUCCAUCGACACCAUGGCAAAGAGGGCACCAUCUUGGUAACCAAGGUGGAGGAGCCUUCCAAGUACGGUGUGGUGGUGUGUGAGGCUGACACAGGCCGCAUUCACCGUUUUGUUGAGAAGCCGCAGGUUUUUGUGUCCAAUAAGAUCAACGCAGGCAUGUACAUCCUGAGCCCUGCUGUGCUGCAGCGCAUCCAGCUGAAGCCUACAUCCAUUGAGAAGGAGAUCUUCCCAGUUAUGGCCAAGGAGGGGCAGCUAUAUGCCAUGGAGCUGCAGGGCUUCUGGAUGGACAUUGGGCAGCCCAAGGAUUUCCUCACUGGCAUGUGCCUCUUCCUGCAAUCACUGAGACAGAAGCAUCCAGAGAGACUAUACUCAGGCCCUGGCAUUGUGGGGAAUGUACUUGUGGACCCAAGCGCCCGUAUUGGUCAGAACUGCAGCAUUGGCCCCAAUGUAAGCCUGGGCCCUGGUGUGCUGGUGGAGGAUGGCGUGUGCAUCCGGCGCUGCACAGUGCUUCGGGAUGCGCACAUCCACUCCCACUCCUGGCUUGAGUCGUGCAUCGUGGGCUGGCGCUGCCGUGUGGGCCAGUGGGUGCGCAUGGAGAAUGUAACAGUGCUGGGCGAGGACGUCAUAGUCAGUGAUGAACUUUAUCUCAAUGGAGCCAGCGUGCUGCCCCACAAGUCUAUUGGGGAGUCGGUGCCAGAGCCUCGUAUUAUCAUGUGAGAGACACGUAGGGCUGGCCCAGCUGCCCCCUCGUCGCCUCACCAUCGGCAGCACUUCAGAAGACCCUGGACUUGGUGCCAUUGGUCUAGGGUGGAAUGGACGCAGCUGAAGCUGUUGGACAUCUGCCUUCUGGUGGGGACAGAAACUGACAGGAUCCUGCCAAGCGUAACCCACAAGCUCCCACUCCCUCAAGAAGAGCUGGGCCAGGGCUCUAUGGAAUAAUAAUUUAAUGCUCACUGUA